AUGACCGACCGCAUGGGUUGGGGGCCCUCUGCUUCCGCCUCAAAUUCUUCCGAAAGUCUCCGUGAGACCUCUCUUCCGGGAGCUGCAGCCACUGCAGGGAUCGAGGCUUCUCAACCGCAAGUCUUGCGAUGCUCCACGUGGCCGUUUCAAUUGAUGCUGACCACUCCGCACAGCAGGCUGCAAUCUUCCGAUAGUACCAGAGUGCCGUCCACAUCAGACACGACAGCGAAAGUCACGCGUGCGACAACCUAUUCUCAAUGUGCUGUCUCCAAGAGUCCCAGUGCCAGCCACAUUCACGUCAAUGACCAGCAUACCAAUGCUAUCGAUGCUGCACCGCUCAACACCGCUGCCCAAAAAGAGGCCGGCAUGGAUAGCCUCCCGGCUGCGAAGAGCACUGGAGACAUCCACAGGGCCAAUGAUAAACAAAACGACAACGACCUCCAGAAAGCCACCCGCCUCCCAUCGUCGGACAAACGACUGGCAGAAGAUGCUGUUGACGUCAGCACACCAUGGGAUGGCCAUGGAACGCCAGCUCGUUUCAACUAG